AUGUCUCUCGUCGUGCCCGAAGCCCACAUCCAGUUCCAGCACAUCCUGCGUCUCCUCAACACUAACGUUGAUGGCAAGCGCAAGAUCAUGUACGCCUUGACCGAGAUCAAGGGUGUUGGUCGUCGUUACGCCAACCUUGUCUGCAAAAAGGCCGAUGUCGACCUGAACAAGCGCGCCGGCGAGCUGAACUCGGAUGAGCUCGAGCGUCUCGUUACCAUCAUCCAAAACCCCACUCAGUUCAAGAUCCCCACGUGGUUCCUGAACAGGCAGCGGGACAUCGUCGACGGCAAGAACUCGCAGAUCCUGUCCAACGGUGUCGACUCGAAGCUCCGUGAUGACCUUGAGCGCCUGAAGAAGAUCCGUGCCCACCGUGGUCUGCGUCACUUCUGGGGUCUCCGUGUCAGGGGCCAGCACACCAAGACGACUGGUCGUCGGGGCAAGACCGUUGGUGUGUCCAAGAAGCGCGGCUAG